GAAGUAAACGCUGUGUGUCACUUCCGGGGCGUUGCCGAGAUGGUCAUGGCGGAGGGUACAGCAGUCCUGAGAAGGAACCGUCCAGGAACCAAGGCGAAGGAUUUUUACAGCUGGCCCGAUGAGUCCUUCGAGGAGAUGGACAGCACUCUGGCAGUGCAGCAGUACAUCCAGCAGAACAUUCGCUCAGACUGUGCCAACAUCGACAAGAUCCUCGAGCCUCCUGAGGGCCAGGACGAGGGCGUGUGGAAAUAUGAGCACCUGAGACAGUUUUGUCUGGAACUGAACGGCCUUGCUGUUAAAUUACAGGGAGAAUGCCACCCUGACACAUGUACACAAAUGACAGCUACAGAGCAGUGGAUUUUUCUGUGUGCUGCGCAUAAAACCCCUAAAGAGUGUCCCGCUAUCGACUACACGAGACACACGCUGGACGGAGCUGCCUGUCUUCUGAACAGUAACAAGUAUUUUCCCAGCCGGGUGAGCAUAAAGGAGUCGUCGGUGGCAAAGCUGGGUUCGGUCUGCCGCCGCAUCUACAGGAUAUUCUCCCACGCUUACUUUCACCACCGCCAGAUAUUCGACAAGUACGAGGACGAGACUUUCCUGUGUCACCGGUUUACUCGAUUUGUAAUGAAAUAUAACCUGAUGUCGAAAGACAAUCUCAUUGUGCCCAUUUUGGAGGAGGAAGUGCAGAACGCUGGCUCUGCUGAGAGUGAUGCCUGAGGGGAGACACACACACGCACACAGAGUACAACUUCAUGCAAAAUUGCUAACAUUUGUGAAUCAAAGCUAGUGGUGGCCCUUUCACAGGAUCUCAUUUUUACAUAACGGCACUAGCCACCUUCAUUUAUCAUCGGCAGUGUUCGGAUUCUACGAGUGAGGUCUUCAGUCCUGCUAGCAUAAGAUACCUCACCUAUAUAAAUGUACAGCGUCUCAUGUAAAACACAUUGUUUGGUAUCAUUGUGUUGUUCUCAAACAAACUCCAUGAGACCUUUAUAAAGGCCAAACUUUUGCAUUUGCUUUGUAUAAAGUUUCUUUUUACGGGAGCUCCACAGAGAUCAGCUGGCUGAUAUACAGAUAUAUAUACAGAUAUACACGCUCAGCUGUGCCAUCAGUCGAGCUACAGCAACACAACCAGGGCAUUUUAGUGUCAUGGGGUAAAAAAAUAUAUAUAUAAUCACAGGGUAACCAUUCUGGGUAACAUGAUCUAACUACUCAUGCGCCAAACAUUUUAACCGACUGCUUGCUUUUCUUUGCUUGUUUUCUUUACUCAUGCCUAACUUAUUGCUAAUGUAUUGAACUGAAGUUUAAAACAUUCACAGCUUUAGUCCAUCUGGCUUUUUUUUUUGGUUACAUUUGGGUUUCUAUAAAACUAUCAUUUACAUUAGUAUUUGAAUAAACAAGUGUACAGA